AUGGCACUACGACCCUCUCUGCUGGCUCGCAGCGCACGACCAUUGCGUUGGGUACACACCAUGUUGGCACAUUUCGAUCCACGUACAUCGCGCAUUGUGCAAUCACGACCGCUGGCGAACGAUCAGGCCAAGUGGAUUGGACUUCGCGCGAUCGAGUGGGUAGACCCGAGUGGGAAAACGCGCUGGUGGGAAUCGGCAGAUCGGACUACUCGUCGAGGGCCUGUUGAUGCCGUGGCAAUUAUAGCGAUAAUACAGCGUCCUUCAAAGGAGCCCCACAUCCUUUUGGUCAGCCAGUUCCGUCCGCCCGUGGGUGCAUGCGUGGUGGAAUUGCCAGCCGGCCUCAUCGAUGCCGGGGAGUCGGACCAAAGUGGCGCGCAGCGCGCUGCCCUUCGUGAACUUGCUGAGGAGACAGGCUAUGGAGCACAAAGUGGGCAAGUAUCCGUGCGACAAACAAGUGCUGUCAUGUACAAUGAUCCGGGCAUGUCCGGCGCGAAUAUGAAGCUGUGCACGAUCGAUAUUGCGCUGUCCGAUGACGCGCCGGAACCGCUCGCACACCCAGAUGAGGGCGAGUACAUAGAAAAGCACCUCGUGCCACUUACAUCGCUCGCCGCCAACUUGAAUGACUUUGCCGCACAGGGCUACGCUAUCGACGCGCGUCUCAUGCACCUGGCUACGGGCCUGGCACUGGGCCUGGCCAAGCCCUGGUAG